GGAAUUCAAAAAUGGAUCCGAAUUCAGCUUUAAGCAAUCCAUAGAUUCACAUUACGGAAAAAAUCAUAGAAAUUUCCCUUCAAAAAAGCUAAUGCAGUUUAGCGCACUCUUUUGUUUCUGUAAGUUGAACACCGAAAUUCUGGCAACACAGCAAAGUCUCAAAACUCAGUUGCGUUUGACAACAAUGGCGCUGUACAUGGAAAUAUGAGAAUUAUGACAGGUGAUCGUUUUCACUUUGCCGAUCAUCCUUGUAUGGAAAUUCAGUUUGCAGAUAAGUUGUUGAAUACAGAGCCUUUAAAAGAUACCGAUUCAUGACUCCAAUAACCUUGCCAUUAGUUAUUAGGUAAUGGUGAUAUCAAUUUCGUCAUCUGAAACUGAGUGAUACUGAUAGUGAUAGCUUACAGUUACUGAUGUGGAUGUAAAAUUGAUACUCAGUGAUACUGAGUGAUAGACUUCAUAAUAAAUAUCAAUACUAGUCUCAACCUUGUUAUACAUACUACAGUUGUACACACCAUAGGAAUCAGGUACCUAGACCAGAUGUAAGAGUAGCUGUUGAUUGAAAGUAGAAUAUAAAAAUGGCUCAAAGAAAAAAGAGCGGUAAAGAAUUAGGAACACAGGCCAAGUUUAAAUUAAAAAGUGGUUUAAAACCAAUUAGAAAGUUUGAUGAAUCUGAUCUAUAUGAAGUGAGAUCUGUAGAGGUUCCAGUUAAACCUGCCCCAUUAGAAACAGGUGCUCUGGUUCCUCGCUCAGUUCCAAGUCAUUUAUUAAUGAUUUCUAUACUGGAACAUCUAUGUUUUAUGUACACUAGAAAUGGUAAUAUGGCUCAUAAAUUAUUUAAAGUAUUAUGUGAACAGUUAACAAAGUUACGUGUUGUAUCACCAUUAAGUUGUAUUGAUGAAAUGAGUGGUAUAAGAUCACACUAUAGGUCUUCUGUUCAUAAUAUGAUACAAGCUGCAAUGAAUGAUUUACAUGAGAAAGGAGAGAUACUAGCUCUACCUCCAACAUUAGAAUUUGGUAACAUGAAACUAAAUCAUCAGUUGACAAGAGUAAGAACUGAAGAGUUAAUAAGUCUACAAACAUCAAGAUAUGAACAUGAAUUUAUAGAAUUAGGAAAGUUAGGUAAAGGAGGUUUUGGAUCUGUUUAUAAGGUACAAAAUAGAUUGGAUGGAAGAAAUUAUGCAGUAAAGAAAAUCAAAUUUAAACAUAAAAAACCUGAACAUUUAUUGAAGGUAUUAAAAGAAGUAAAAGCUUUAGCUAAUUUUCAACAUACAAAUAUAGUUGGUUAUAAUGCAGCAUGGUUAGAAUAUGAUUUCCCUUCAGUUAAUACCAGCAGAAGUUCUUCCAGUUUAACUGAUCAUGAUAUUUCUCAAGAUAAAAGUUUUAGUAAUAUCCAGGAAGAUAAUGGUCACAGUGUAGAUGUGGAGUUCCAUUUAGAUUCUGGUAGUGAAGAUGAACUCUAUGAAAAACAGGGCAAAAUAAUCCAUAAACAUUAUAAUCAAUCUAUAUGUAGAAUUACUGAAAUCACUGAAAUAGCUACCGCACCAGCUAAACAAACAUUACCAUCAAAAACAUUUGAAAAACCUAGUGAAAAAUCUCCCAAAACAAUCCUAAAUUCCAUAAUUCCAAGUGUCCAGGACCUUUCUUUUAGUGUCCCAUCCCUGCCAAAAAUCCAAGAGAUCCAAUGUAUGAAUUCCCAUAAAGACCACAUUAAUAUAGACAACUCAGACUCUAGUGAUAUCAUUUUCUUAGAUGAGUCGAAUCAUCCAUCAAAUUCCACUCAAUCAUUCAACGUGGCAAGAAAUCAUUUUUUAGAGGUACAGAAUCUCACUGAUGACAAUCUCUCUGACUCUGAGUCUAAAAGCUGUGAAUUGAACAUAGAUGACUCAAAUGAUGAGUUCAAAGUUGUGCGAAAACGUGUUGGACACAGUCACCAUAUAACAGCCAGUACUGGUGCCAAAACUUCUGGAAUUAGUAUACCCUAUGGUAAAAAAGAGAAUACAACACCAAAUGCUAGUCCAAAAGAUAGAUUGGUACCAUUUAGAAGAAGUAUUAGUGCCGAACCUAUUACAAACAAUAAGAAUAUUAUAAAUGACUUGCAGGAAUAUUCUGAUGAUAAUUUUCCUUAUCAUGCCACAAUUACCCUGUAUAUACAAAUGGAAUUGUGUGAACAGACUUUACAGAAUUGGUUAUAUGAGAGAAACAGUAAAUUGAACUCAAUAGAAGAUCUGAAAUUGUAUGAAGAAGAUAACAUGAGAAUUAUACAUCAAAUAUUGACUGGUGUAAAUUAUAUACAUUCAUUAUGUUUAAUACAUAGAGAUUUAAAGCCUAGAAAUAUAUUUCUAGUGGGUAAUAAUUUACAUGUUAAAAUUGGAGAUUUUGGUCUAGCAACUGAGAAUGUUAUUGACAGUGAUACAAAAGAUACCAUAUUGACACCUUCACCUGAUAUAAAAGCUUUUUUUAAAUAUGAUGAUUUAACGUCUGGUGUUGGUACUUAUCAAUAUGCAGCCCCGGAACAGUUAACAAAUAAUCAAUAUGAUAGUAAGGUUAGUAUGUUAACAUUAACAGUCAAUCAAUAUGCAAAAAAAGUUAGUUUGUUAGCAUUAACAAACAAUCAUUAUGAUAGUAAAGUUAGUAUGUUAGCAUUAACAAACAAUCAAAAUGAUAGUAAGGUUAGUAUGUUAGCAUUAACAAACAAUCAUUAUGAUAGUAAAGUUAGUAUGUUAGCAUUAACAAACAAUCAAAAUGAUAGUAAGAGUGAUAUAUAUAGUAUUGGUGUCAUAUUAUUUGAAGAAUUUCAAGUAUUUAAAACAGAGAUGGAAAGACAUGUAUCUAUUAAACAGUUAAGAGAUGGUAUUAUUUCUGAGUCACUACAGCAGAAUUGGCCAAAAGAGGCGCAAGCUAUAAAAGAAAUGACAAGUGUUAAACCUAAUGAUAGACCAACAGCUAAAUAUUUAUUAGACAGUCAAUUAUUUCUGUCACCAGAUCAGGUCAUAGCAUCUCUACAGAAACAAUUAUGUGAAAAAUCAAACUAUAUCAUACAAUUGGAAAAACAAUUAAAAGAAAAAAAUGAUGAAAAUUAUGAGUUAAAAAGAAAACUAGAGCAAAAACUUGAACAGUCUGCAGCAGAACAUUUUUUAUUUGAAGCAUUCCAUUAGUGUUGUGGACGUUUAAGGGAUAUAGUUGAUAAAUGGUUGUAUAAUACUUACAGCUUAAUAUCAGCUAUAUGUAUCAUUUUCCAGAAAUAUAAUCAUUAUGGCACAGGUAAUAACUGUCUGGUACUCAAAAAUAUAAAAAUGCUCUAGAUUGUUUUGGUAUGUUUUUGUUCAAUUAUAAUCUGACAUCGACAAUUUAACUCUGAAAAAUGUUAUGGACAACAGAAAUUAAGCUCAGCUGGUAUAGCUGCUUUUAAGGCAUUCAUGGGGAUUCCUUAAAGUUAAAGUUAUCUAUAUUUGUUGUGAUAUCAGAAUACUGUGCCUUAUCUGCCAUUUAAAGUUUCAAUACUAAAGAAAUACUUAGGUAGAAUGUUAUUUCAGGAAACUCGCAGUUUCAACAUUUAAUUAAUUCCUGAUGUUAGCAUAAAUUGCAUCAUAUCAUAUUUGAUUUCCCAUAGCAUAAAUUUCAACUAAUACCCAUAAAUUAUUCUAUCGAUAUUAUUUUUUGAAAUACACCCUUUUCAUUCUUAAUUUAUUCUAUGUAUUAUCAUUGUUAUUAGUAUUCUUAUUACAUUGAUGAUUUUUUUU